AUGCGCGAAGCUGUGAACAAUUUUGAGGCAAAACACCGCGCCAGCCCGGAGAAAAGGAGAACUAAACAACUCUUAACAACCCAAACCAAUUACUUUUCUCUUCUUCCUUCUUCUCCUUUCUUACGUUUUCUUCUAUUUCUUUUCUAUUCUUUCUUCUUCCCCUUUCCUUUGUAUUGCUCCAUUUAUUUUCUCUUCUUUCUUCUCCUUUCUUUGUCUUCUAUUUCUUUUCUCUUCUUUCUUUUUCUUUUUUGUCUUCCUCUAUUUCUUUUCUCUUCUUCUUCUUUCUUUUGUCGUCUUCUAUUUCUUUUCUCUUCUUCUUCUUUCUUUUCUCUUAUUUCUUUUUCUUUUUUGUCUUCCUCUAUUUCUUUUCUCUUCUUCUUCUUUCUUUUGUCGUCUUCUAUUUCUUUUCUCUUCUUCUUCUUUCUUUUCUCUUCUUUCUUUUUCGUCGUCUUCUAUUUCUUUUGUCUUCUUUCCUUUUUCUUUUUUGUCUUCCUCUAUUUCUUUUCUCUUCUUCUUUCUUUUGUCGUCUUCUAUUUCUUUUCACUUCUUUCUUUUUUUGUCUUCCUCUAUUUCUUUUCUCUUCUUCUUCUUCUUUCUUUUGUCGUCUUCUGUUUCUCUUCUUCUUCUUCUAUUUCUUUUCUCUUCUUUCUUCUUCUCCUUUCUUUCGUCUCCCUUUUUCACGAAUAA